GGAAGGCCUGUUUUGAAAGGAGAUGCUCGUCAGGAAGAGGAAGCGAGCACGAUGCACAGAAUUUGCUUCUUUUCCAAAUGAGAAGCCUAUAGGGGAAGGGAAUAGAAAUGCUGGGGCAGCAGCGGCUGCAGCUUCAGUUUCAAACGCAUGGCUUCGUUGUGGUGAUGGAUUUCAGACAGCUUCUUCAGUGAAGACUAAAAGAUCUUCAGAAAAAUCAUAUAGAGUUAAAAAGUGCUUUGCAUCAUUUCUCAGCCCGAUUGAAGGAAAACCUAAAAGUGAGAGUUCCAAUGAAUUCACUGACAUAGUAUGGAGCUCCAGUGGGAGUGACAUCUCGGAUGGUGAAAAUAAGACUUUGACUUCAAAGUGUCCUCAUCUAAAAGUGGAGAAAUACAGGAAAUAUGACUUGAUCUCCAAGGAUGGCUAUAAUGAAGGUGAACCACAAUUCAUUGAUUGGGAGAAUGAUAGUGAUUAUGAGGUUGAUAUUAGACGGUACAAUGAACCAAAACCUGAUGCAGUUCCUUUGGACAUAUUGGACACUGAUUCUUGUACAAGCAGCAGUGUUAUGUCUGAUGAAGAGAAGGAAGUUAAACCUUCAAAGACAAUUUCUAUAGACAUUUCAGAAUAUUCAUCAGACAGUGAAAAUCUGGAAGAAGGCCCAAUCAAAAGUGAAGCUGCUAAUUUAAAAUUUCCUAAAAAGCUCCAGUUCAGUUUUGGCACAGGGAAUGAAAUGGAUACAGGAAGAUCAGUAAGCGAUUGGUUAAAAUCUGCUCAGACCCUUCUGCAAACACCUAAGAAAAAGCAAGACAAGAGUUUGAGAACUCCAGAAGAUUCUGCAAAGAAAAGAAAAUUACUGAGGGGAGGGCUAGCAGAGAGAUUGAAUAGACUACAGAACCGAGAGAGGACUGCCAUUAGCUUUUGGAGGCAUCAGUGUAUUUCAGAUUAUGAAAGACUUUCAGGUGUUAAAUCUGGUGUACUAAUUGUGAAGAUUUUAGAAAUGUAUGAAGAAUGCACUCACUGCAUAGCUGUCUGUCAUCAGUUGCAACAGAUUGGUGCUGACAGUUCUUCCAGUGAAGAAAUUGCUGACAUCCACCCUAGACUUAAAGUUCUUUUUGCAAAAGAAACAGCAGCUCAUCUCAAGGCUGCACCACAAGAUGUCAUAUAUAUCCAUCCUCCUUGGCAAAAACUUCUUCUCAUGAAUGAAAACAUUCCAGUUAUCAUGAAUACAUAUUUCAGUCAAAAGGUUGUGCUUAAAGAACCAACAAAGAUGGACAGACCACAUUUUCAAGAACCUUUGCUCACAAAAAGAAGCAUGUCUUUGGCCUGUGUAUUCAGUUUAUCUGAUGUAAAAAACAAUUGGCCUCAAGGAUAUGCAAUUAAUCAGACCUCCUGUCCCAAUAUGAAGACUUCCAAGGCUGUACACACUCAGAUCAGCAAUGAGCCUAAAUUAUCCCCCUUUGCAGUUACUUCCUUCAGUGACUCUCUUCUUGAUGUUGUGGAGACACAAGGAACAGCUGGAGGAAGAGAAAUCCAGGUCCAAGUGGUUGUUCAAAGAGUGUAUUAUUUGGUUGCUAAAGAAGAUUUAAGAUGGCAUCUUCAGGGAAAUAACCCUUCCCAAAAUAUGGCACGAUUGAUAAAUCCAGACCUGCCAAAUGUUAGAUUGUGCCUCCUUACUCAGGAUGCCUAUGGAAUAUUCAGUGAAAUACAGUUUCAAGUCCUAUUUACUUCUCAGGAACCAAUAGAAAAAUAUAGCAAGAGAUGGGAAGGAAAACAUUGCCGUUUAUCUGGAAUGAAAAUUUUGCAAAGAGUCACCAGAGGAAGAAUGCUGGGGCUUUUUAGCCUAAUAGACAGUUUAUGGCCUCCAGUAUUGCCUCUUAAAGUUCCCGGUCGAAGUCAAGAGAAAGAAAUGAUUACAACUAACCUCCCGGCUCCUAGUUUCUGUUAUAUUCUUGCUGCUCACCCUGACCAAAGACACAUUGAUGCAGAUGAGAAAGAAACAAUUUCAGAUUUGUAUUUCCCCCCAGCUGUGCACAAUCUCAAGGAAAUUAUUCAGAUGUGUGACUUAAAUCAGUGUUGCAGCUUCUGGGCACAUGUUGUAUAUCGAAGACUGCAGGAAAUAGGUAGCGCUCCUUCAAGCCAAAGGCAAUUUUGGUUGUUUGUCACUGAUUUCUCCCUUCAGAAUUGGGCUGAAAUCAGUCCUGGAACUCCAAAAACUCUGCAAGUCUCAGUUGCUUCAUCAUGCGUAGUUGAUGUGGAAGUAAUGGAGGCACUGAAGAGCACAUCCCCAUGUGUUAUUUUUUUCAAGGAUGCUCUAUUUGGCAAUGGUAGGAUUAUUUGCAUUGAACGUACCAUUCUCUCCUUACAAAAGCCCCUUUUGUGUAGGGCUGCUGGUGCUGACAUCACUGAACUGACUGGUCUUGUCAAACUAGAUGAGCUGGAUUCUGCAACCCAAGUCAAUUCCAUUUGUACUGCAAGAGGCACUGUUGCAGGCAUUAAUGAAAGGACUGCUUUCUCCUGGCCUACAUGUAACAGAUGCGGCAGUGGAAGAGUGGAGCAGCAUCCACAAGACAGAGAAUUGCUUUACUGCAGCCAAUGUUGUGAAGCUAUAAUUUCACCAGUUCUCAAGAUGCACCUGGAAGUCUUUCUGCAUUGCCAGUCCCGAUCACUAUCCACAGUAAAAGUUAAGCUGCUGCAAAAGACCAUUUCUUCACUUCUGGAAUCCUCACCCACUGAUAACGGGAGUUAUGAAGUCAAGAGUGUGCUGGGAAAGGAGGUGGGGUUUUUAUAUUGUUACGUCCAGUCUGUAACCAGUCACCCAUCUAGUUGUGUUGAAUUGGAAGAAAUUGUUCUCCCAGAUGCAGGAAAAAGCUAAAGAAAAAACGCUGUUUGCUACUCUGUAAUAUAGUUAGUUGUGAACUGUACUUGUAGAUAAUGUAUAAUGCAAAUAAUAAAUAUUUGCAUUAUACAUUAACUUUGGAUUGUUCCUGUUGCAUAUGUGUUUCUUUUUAUCCAGAAGUGCACUGAGGUGCACUGAAAUAUAUUUGUCCAACUGUGUUUUUUUUUCUUGAUAUGGAAGUUAGUUUUGGAAAUAGGUUUCAGAAGAUUGAUUUUUUUUUCUAACUAGAUAUUAAAACAAUUAUGUAUGCUUGGUAAAGUUUAUAAAGUUAUUU